UCUAGUCCAACCUGCUCACUUUGCCCAGAAGCCAAUUGAGGUCCAGAAAGGGGAAGGGGCUGGCCCAAUGUCAUUACAGCCAGGUCCUUGGCUGCUGGACUCUUGAAACUACUUCUAGCUCCAGAGCCCAUUUAUUUUGCCUCACCAAGUUGCCAACGGUUUGUUGGGCACCGGUGACUGAAAUAAGUCACUUCCUCAUUCAGGAAAGGUAUUUAGUCAUGUCUAAGGAUAAUAGUGAUAAUAAUAACAACAAUUCACAUUUCUAUAGGGCCCUAGCUUUGCAAAGCCCUCCCAGUAAAUGAAAAAUCAUUUAUAUAUCCACUUACAAUGUGCUAAGGAGCUCACACUCUAAUUGGGAGGAGUGUCCCAAACAUCUUAGUGCUAGUGUAGUUUUAAGAGUUUAAAAUUGCAGGAUAGAUGUUUGGAAUACAUUGGAAUAUUAAAGAAAACUUGGCUGUAAGCAGACGGAAGAGCCUGGAAAUCCUAAGGGAGCAGGAAUGCUUUGUGGCAUCUCUGCUGCCUCGUGAGCAAUUAAACAUGCAAAUAGCCCCUCAGAAGUCAAACUAAAUUCGAAGAAGACUCUCUUUAGAAGAAUGGCAUGUAUCAUGGAGAGCAAGAUUGUGGGAAAAGAAAAACAGCAACAUAGCUUGACUUUACUCAGCAAAAUUAAGAACAUGAAAGAAUUAGCGGAAAUGAUAGAUGUAGUACUCGUAGCAGAAGGGGAGAAAUUUCCCUGCCACCGGCUGAUUUUGGCUGCCUUUAGCCCUUAUUUCAAAGCUAUGUUCACCUGUGGUUUGCUUGAAUGCGCUCAGAGGGAAGUCAUACUCUAUGAUAUCACAGCAGAGAGCGUAUCUAUAAUAUUAAACUAUAUGUACAAUGUGGAUUUGGACAUCAAUAAUGCCAAUGUACAGACUGUAGCUGUUGCUGCCUACUUUAUGCAAAUGGAUGAAGUCUUCAGCAUGUGCCAGAAAUAUAUGAUGGACCACAUGGAUGCCUCUAAUUGCGUGGGAAUCUACUAUUUUGCCAAACAUAUUGGGGCAGAAGAUUUGUCUGAUCAAGCCAAGAAAUAUUUAUAUCAGCACUUUGCUGAGGCAAGCUUACACGAAGAAAUUCUAGAAAUUGAUGUGGACCAACUGAUGGCACUCAUUAAAUCAGAUGAUCUUAAUAUUUCCCGAGAGGAGAGUAUUCUGGACUUGGUUUUGAGAUGGGUAAACCAUAACCGAGAAUCACGCCUGGAGUCCCUUGUUGAACUUUUGAAACAAGUGAGACUGGGACUUGUGAAUCCUUCUUUUUUAAGAGAAGCACUGAAAAGGAACACGGCGCUACUGUGUAACUCAGACUGCAUCGAUCUCAUCCAGGGUGCCUUAGAUGCCAUCAAGAAAUCCAAACAACAUUCUCUAAAUCUCCGUUAUGGAAUGGAGACCACUAGUCUUCUGCUUUGUAUUGGCAACAAUUCCACAGGGAUCAGAUCGAGGUAUGGCAACUAUGGAGAAGCCAGUUUUUGCUACGCUCCCACGACACGCAAGACUUACUUCCUCUCCUCUCCAAAGUAUGGAGAAGGCUUAGGAACUGUGUGUACCGGGGUCGUCAUGGAAAACAAUGACAUCAUUGUGGCAGGGGAAGCCAGUGCCUCUAAAUUAUCUAGACAGAAGAAUAAGAAUAUAGAGAUCUAUCGGUAUCACAACCGAGGAAACAAAUUUUGGGAAAAAUUAUGCGCCACUGAGUUUCGGGAACUCUAUGCCCUAGGCAGUGUCUAUAGUGACCUUUAUGUUAUAGGAGGACAAAUGAAAUUGAAAAACCAGUAUCUCGUUACAAACUGUGUUGACAAGUAUUCAGUGGAGCAUGACAAUUGGAAAAGGGUGUCCCCUCUUCCAUUACAACUAGCAUGCCAUGCUGUGGUAACAGUGAAUAAUAAACUUUAUGUGAUUGGAGGAUGGACCCCACAGAUGGAUCUCCCUGAUGACGAGCCUGAUCGAUUAAGCAACCGACUGUUGCAGUAUGACCCUGGCCAAGAUCAAUGGAGGGAGCGGACACCGAUGAAGUACUCUAAAUACCGAUUCAGUACUGCCGUAGUCAACAGUGAGAUUUAUGUUCUGGGUGGAAUUGGUUGCCUGGGUCGAGACAAAGGCCAAGUUCGUAAAUGCCUUGAUGCUGUGGAGAUCUACAAUCCAGAUGGGGAUUUUUGGAGGGAGGGGCCCACGAUGCCAACUCCCCUGCUCUCCCUUCGAACCAAUUCUACCAACGCAGGAACAGUGGAUGGAAAGCUGUAUGUCUGCGGGGGUUUUCAUGGAGCAGACCGGCAUGAAAUCAUCUCCAAGGAAAUCUUGGAGCUGGACCCGUGGGAAAAUCAGUGGAAUGUCGUAGCCAUCGAUGUCCUCAUGCAUGACAACUAUGAUGUCUGCCUUGUGGCCAAGAUGAAUCCCAGAGAUCUCAUUCCCCCACCUUCAGAUUUAGUAGAAGAAAGAAGUUAAAGUUGAAAUACCAUUACUGUAGAGAUGCCAGAUUGAAUUGCAAAUGAAGAGUUUAGAACAGAGAAAGCCACAUAAGUUCACCUUUGUUCAUUCAGUAGGUGUUGAGUGGCUACUGUGUGUGAGGCACUGUGCUAGUAUAGUACUGUGCAUGGUUCAAGGAUAUGCCACGCACUAACCUUGCUCUCACUGUUUGUAAUCUAGUAGGGAAGCUAAGACAUGUAUACAAAUGAACAACUGCAGUACAAGGUAGAAUGAUAAGUACCCCCCUUGAGAGGAACAAAUUGAGUGCUUUGGCAUUCAUAGGGAAGGGGAGAGGCAUUAUAAAUGGGUUGGUCAGGAAAAGACAAAGUGCAGGUAAUGGCAGAAACUAGACCAUUCAAAUUGAACUUCAAAGAAUCAGUAAGACUUUGAUAUGUGGAAAUGGGUUAGAAUGGUCCUCCAGACAGAGGAAAUGGUCCAAACACAAGUAUCAAAGGCAGAAAAGCCCAUUUAGGAAAUGCUGAAUAGGCCAAAUUGACUGAGGCUUAGGGGAUUACUUUUAUAUAAGACUGGAAAUAUAGAUUGGAGACGGUUAUAGAGUGUGAUACUACUUUUUUGGUAGAUGGUGAGAAGCCAAUGAGGGUAGGAAUGCUACCCUCAUUCUAUUAUUUCUUUUCCUGUUUUCAGUGAUGAUUAUUUUUUUGGUCUUUAUUGUACAAAUACUAUCUGCAUCCUAUUUAGACUAUGUCUUCCCCUUGGCAACACUGACAAACAGCUUAGGGAAUGCUGAAAUGGGAAGUCACGAUGUCUUAGAGCCAAAAAGCCCUCCAACCCUCUCCUGAGAGCUAUAUCAGGAUCAUGGGACAGGGCAAGGAGGUCUGGAACCCCUGAUCCAUUCUAAAGCACCCCUACUCAAGGUUAAAUUGGUACUUCCCAGAGACUUCUCAACUGAAUAUGUCCAAAAUGGAAUUCAUUACCUUUUGUCCCCCUCCACCCUAAAUCCUUCCCCAUUUCUGCCACCUCCAUUCUCCUAGGUUCCCAACCUUGGUGUUAUCCUUGAGUCUUCACUCUCCUACACUCCCCAUAUCCAAUCAGUUGUCCAGUCUUGCCAUUUGUAUCUCUACAAUGUCUCUGAAAUCCAAUCUCUUUUCCCUACUCAUAUGGCUACUACCUUAGCUCAGGUCCUCAGAUUUUCAAAACGGCCUCCCCAAGUCUGUCCUCACUCCAGGCCACCCUACACAUUGAUGCUAAAGUGAUUUUCCUUAAGCACAAAUCUGAUUAUAUGCCCUGCUCAGUAUACUCCAGCGGUUCCCUAUUGUCUCCAGGAUAAAAUAGGAAUUCCUCCAUUUAGCUUUUAAAGUCCUUCACAAUCUAGCCCUAACUUACAUUCCUAAAGCUUUACCAUGUAUUACUCCCUCUUGCAGACUCUUUCAUCCAGCCAAAUUGGCCCGGUCUCUGCUCCUCACACAUGACACUCCUUCUCCUCUCCUGUCCCCAUGCCUUUGCCCUGGCCAUCCCCAAUGCCUGGCUUCUGUGUCUCUUAGAGGAAAUUGCCAGGAUUUGGAUAUGGAUAUUCUGCUCGAGGGAAAGAGAAUCAGUGAAUUGAGACAGCCCUUCUGCAAUGAAAGUAUAUCUGGCUGCAGUGGUUUUCUUGUUCAAAUAUUACAGCACUGAGUCUCCAUGUCCCAAUGGGAUUUUAUCUUCUGGGAUUGGCUGCAGAUGCUGCUUGGAGAGUUGUGCUGACCCAGUCUGCAGAGGCUGAUUCAACAGGGACCUAGACCAGUUGAAAAUAUGUUCAGGAGAAUCUGCUUAUGGCAACAUUGAUGGAAAUGAGGAGAACAGAUGGUAGGGCUGGUGACAGGGAAUUUUGUUAUCCAUAAUGCUGAGCAGUUUGAGUUCCCAGACAUGUCCUACUGUGGCAUUUCCCAGACAUGCCCUGAUGCUGUGCUUCUGAACCAAGAGGUCAUGUCUCCUGGGAAAUGGCUCACAUGUCCAGAUGAUCUGAAGAAAUUUCUCACCAUGGCAGUUUGAGAUGGGCAUCGACUUUCUCUUGUGACAUAAAUGGUAUAGCUCCUGGCUUGUGAGGUGGGCUCUCUGUGAAAGUCAGAGAAAUGAGGUCUUCUUUAUUUUCUUCUCUUCCUUUGGUACCUAUGCAAGAAAUCAUUGUCCCCACCUACAAUAUCCUUUGGCAUACCAAGGGCUGUUAUCACAUCUCCUUUAGACUGAAAAGGCUUUUCUUUUCUAAUUGCUCUCUGUAGUCAUUUAGCAUUCAGAUGAUUUUCGUAGAUUUCCUCUGUACCCCAUCCAGGAUACCCAUGUCAUUUCCAAAGCGUGCACUUUAUGUGGUAUCACCAGUCACAGAGAUAGUUACUGUGUCCUGCCGAUACAACUUCAGAUGCUAUCAGUGAGUUAACAAGCAUUUAUUAAGCACCUCUGUGUGCCAGAAGCUGUACUAGGUGCUGUAGAAACAAAGACAAAAGAGAAAGUCCCUGCCCUCAAGGGGUUUACAUUCAAUCUGGGAAGACAACAGUUACAUAUAUAGGUACAUGCAAGGGAAUGGGGGGGAGUCAUUCGCAGCUUUGGGGCUCAGGAAGAGCUGACUGAUGAGGGCAUUAGCCUGUCUUACGUUCUAAUAGGAGAGACAGCAUGUAAAUAACUAGGUAUGUACAGCAUAUGUGCAGAGUAGAUGCAGGCCAUCUGAGAGGGGAAGACAUGGAAGAUAGAGAAGAUCAGAGGAAGUCUUCCUGCUAAGGUGAGAUCUGAGCCAAGUCUGAAGGAAGCCAGAGAGAUGUAAGAAGAAAGAGUAUUUCAGGCAUGGGGGAUCUCCAGCGUGAAGGCAGACAGAAGGGAGAACAGGACGUUGACCAGUGGAGCUGUAUCAGAAUUUGUGGAAGGGAGAGGGUGAAGGGGAGUCAAGGUUAAGAUGACUAGAAAGAUAGAAAGGGGCCACCUGUGCCAAACAGAACAUUCAGUAUUUGGUCCUAGAGAUAAUAGGAGGCCACUGGAACUUACUGGGGGAGCAGGGAUGACAUGAUCAGAUCCACUUUAAGGAAAAUCACUUCAGCAGCUCAGAUUGAUGUGAGGAGAGACUUGAGUCAGAGAGACCCAAUUAAAAAGCUAUUUCAGGAGGCCAGAGGUUAUGAAAGCCCAUACAAGAGAGUCUAAGGAGAAGUGCAUGACAGAUGUUGUAAAGUUGGCAAUGAUAAGACAUGACAACAGAUUUAAGAUAACUGGCUGAGGAGGGAGAAGAAGAUAUUUUUGUCCCCCUCUCUUACUUGAUACACUCAACGGCCCAUCCCCGGGGAUUUCCGGUUAAAAGUCAUUUGGUCUCAUUACAAUAGGAGCAAUGGGAGGGAGUGGGUUUUGUGUGCCAUGUAAGUGCUAAUUGCAUGCUGUCUUUUAUCAUCUAUAAAUGCAUAGAAGAACUAUAAAAUACCAGCUUGGCUUUCCUUAUAAUCCAACACUUACUGCCAUACAUUACUACUGGAAAAACCAUAGCGUUGACUCUACAAAUCUUUGUUGACAAGGUGAUGUCUCUGCACUGAGACUUUGGGGACAGCUUGUAUAAUAAGAGUAAUUUAGAUUUAUCUAGCUCUUUUAUAAAAUAUUACCAAAAAAUCACAAAAAAAUUACAAAAUGUCCUGAGAAGGAUUAGUAGUAUAAGUAUUACUAUCCUCAUUUUACAAAUAUAAAAAUGGACUUUUCAGAAUGACUUCUGACCAAGGUCACAUGGCCUUUCACUCUCUUAUCCAGUGCUGUAUAGCACCCCCAAUUCUUGGUCCUUCUAGCUUCUGCUGCCUUUCUCUGUGACUGUAGAAAAUCACUGUUCCUGCUACUCAGCCAUUGGGUUUAAUAGUUACCACACAGAGAAAGAAUGCCCUUUUUUUUUUUAAAAAGCACGAUGGGGCAGUCAGACCUCCUUUCUUACUAUAAUGCACACAAUAAUAUUUAUUGGGUUUAUUGAAAUGUAUUCAUUCAACAAGUAUUUCUUGAAGGCCUACUGAGGGCAAAACACUGUACAAAAAAUCUUUGAAGCAAAUGCUCAGUGCAGCAUUCUAAGGCAGUUGGCAAACGGAGAAGGUGCCCUGCCAAGUGCUCCCGGAGAUGCAGAGACUUGAAACCUAACAAGUUGAUAUUUAAUUAAAAUAAUUGGUUGCCUGCCCUAUCAUUUUUAUUCUAUUAGGUCUAGAGUAGGAGUUCUUAAACUC